CUUCGUACCAGUAAUCCAUGAAAUUAAAACAGAUCACCUAAUAUGGUAUCUUUACUAAAAAUUGAAAACCUAAAACCCUGUCUCACUUCAUUGAAAGGGUUAAAGCUCAGGCUCAGCUAAAACCUCUCUUUCUUACCGGGCAACAACAUCAAUGGCGCAUGAAUCAGAAUUAGUGUCACUUCUUCCUCCAGAAAUUAUAUCUGAAAUACUGGUAAGGCUACCCGUCAAAUCCUUGUUGAGAAUGAGGUCCGUUUCUAAAUCUUGGCUUUCUCUAAUCUCAACUCGUCAAUUCAUCAAAACCCAUCUAAAAUUUUCAACCAACAAACAAGACUUUGCCAUGCUUCUUCUUAGUACCUCUUAUUAUGAGUAUAGCCUAAAAUUUUACACUUGCUCUCUUAAUGCAAUUAUGUAUCAAGAAUCUCCCCAUGUACCUGAUGACCUUAAUUUUCCUUAUAAAGACCCACUUGUUGAUUAUAACUUUGUGGGUUCUUGUGAUGGGUUGCUCUGUUUUUCUAGUGGUGUUCGCGAUUUAUUUCUAUGGAAUCCGUCUAUAAGAAAGUCGAAGAAACUUCCAAUUUUAGGAAGUAACGUGGAUUGUAGUUCGUAUCUGGCUUAUGGUAUUGGUUAUAAUGAGUGUCAAGAUGAUUACAAAGUUGUACAAGUUGUGGGUAGUUCACAUAGUGAGUAUGGGUUUCAGAAUGAGUUUAGGGUUUAUAGUCUAAGAACUAAUUCUUGGAAAAUGAUUCAAGAGUACCCCGGUGUUAUAUUUUGCAACGAUCCUGCUAAAUUUGUGAAUGGAAGACUUCAUUGGAUCGCUACCCGUGUUAGUGAUAAGAACGACUCAUGGUUUGUUUUUUCAUUAAAUCUGGUCGAUGAGACGUAUGAAAAUGUAGCAUUGCCUGAUCUUGUUUAUGGUAAUUUUGAUUGGGAAUUAGGGAUUUUAGGUGGUAAUCUAUGUGUAUUUUGUGACUAUUAUAAGGUUCGGAUGGAUGUGUGGGUAAUGAAGGCAUAUGGACUUGUGGAGUCGUGGACUAAGGUGGCUUCAAUCCCUUAUUUUAGAGCUAUUGUGCACUCGCCUUUUCCAGUUUUCAUCUCCCAUAAUGAUGAAAUUUUGCUGCAAGAUGGUUCAAGUUUAUUGAUAUAUAAUUCAACAGACAACACUUUUAAGCAUCCUCACGUUCAGAUCCAUCGUGGUUAUGAAAUUCAAUUUAGUUUGUACACGAGAAGUCUUGUUUCGCCACAUUUUGUAGAGGAAGGUUGAAAAGCUAUGGAUCGAUGAAUGACUGAUGAAUAUUUGUGCUAUUGUUUCUUUUGUGGUCUUGUGCAUAAUGAUAAAUCUUACUCGAUGAUUCCAGAUUUUGGCAAAAAGAAGUAAGAGCGAAAUUUUGGCUCUUAGGCAGACAAUUGUAUCAUCAAAGGGAAUAAAGUCCUUUGUAUGAUACUUAUGGCUGGAAUUGGUUCUUUCAAAAUUUCAUUCUUUACAAAAGUAGGUGACACGAACAAAAUUGGCUUUUUUGAAUCUUAAAGUCAUCUUAGAAGUUCCUCCAAAGUUUAUUUAUCCUCCACUUUCUCUGACUCAAUGGUUCGAAUGUAGUGCAACCGCAGUUUGCAACAUACCCCCAGGGUGGACGAGUUGGUUGAGCAAGGGAUAUUUCAAAUAGGUGGUCACAAGUUUGCAACCCCCUGCAUGGUUUUUCGGUUGCACGGGGCUUGUCUAGUGUAGUUUACCUCUCCUGUGUGCACCCAAAGGGUACGACUGGGGGUUCCUUUGUCAUCAAAAAAGACAAAGCACAGUGCCAACAUGUUAUUGUGGGAAAGGAACUACUGGUUUUUGAAUACUACCUUCUGCAGGGCAACACAAGAUUGAGAGUUGGAGUUCCAUAUCAUUUUGCCUAUUAACUCAAGCUGACAAAAUCAGACAGGGAUGAGUUUAUACAGUAAUGCUACCCGGAAUCAAUCUUUUAUCCGUUCUAAGCACCAUCAUAGUCGAUCUGUUACGAAGUGAGUUACAUUACAUUCUGCUGAUGAGUAAAAGCUCUAAGAACUAAGAAGGGGGUACUGUUUUAAGUUGACAAUAUAUAUGGGAGGCGAAAAGCUGCACUCUCGGCAUGAAAUCAGAGGAGACUCUCAACCAUAGUGCAUUAGCUCUUUUUUUUUUUUUUUUAAAGAUCUUAGAUUCUUUGCUUUUGUUGUUUGUUUGUUUAAUUCUUGGUUGCUUCAGCUUGAUAAAGUUUCAAAUAAAGUUUUCUAUAUUUUUGUAUAAUCCUUGAAUUUA